AUGAGCUCUCGUCGCGUGGACAUUCGUACAACUAGGAAGGCCCGACCUAUCUCAGAAUCCAUCUCAACGCCGUCUUCGAAUACUAGAACCCGUUCGGACGUUCAAGCCCCGCAAAAAAAUGCAAGGAAAAAAUCUGGUAAACUAUCUAAGGCACCUUCAUCGAAGAAGGAUGAUUCUACUUCGAAGCCCGAACAGCUAUCUCCUAAUUUCGAUGCGCAGAUGAAAUCUCGUCGUCGGCGUGCAGAUACUUCUGACUAUAUUCGUCGUCGAUUCCUCUAUGAUGACAAUGAGGGCGAAAAUUCGAAGGAAAAAUCUAAUAAAUCGAAGACCUCUAAAUCUCUGAAGCGUGUUUCAUCCCAUGAAACUAAAUAUCGAACUUCUCCUUUGGCUCUAAUGGCUGCAUCAUCAGCUAACUACCAGAGGAAUCGAAAGAAAAAUACCGACAGAAGUCCUUCGCCUGUUCGUUCGCGGUCCCCACGAGGUCGCAGGGGUAGAAGACCAAGAGUAUUUUCUCCAGAUAUGGGGGAAUACUCUGAGGACAAUUUGUCAAAUUAUGAUGUAGGAGCUUCUGGCGAUGAAGAAUUUUCUGAAGGUAUAGAAGGAAGAAUAUCCGAAAGUUAUUCGCAUCGUCAUUCACGAGUUGAAUAUGAUGAAAACACUCAAUUAAUAAAACCAAUGUUUCGAAGGGUUCAAAAGAGAGAUUCUUAUCGUACUGAAGAUUUUCAUUCCGAGUCACACCAGAAUUAUGAAUCCAACAUUCCGGAUUUAAUUUUCGAUGAUGGGAUACCGGAUUUUACUAGACGUCGUGGACCAAUAUCUUUAAGUCGACGUGUCCGUCAUCGUAUCGUUCCUCGAACGUCUCUAUCAAGGGAUGUUAAUAAAGAAAUGCCUGAUUAUAAUGAGAAUUACGAUAUGGCUGAUUCAGAUCCUGAUUUCAGACAUCAAGUUCGUGGUAAUUUCCCCCUUGAUCAUAAUAUCUCUAUGGAGGAUUCUAGCCGCUUGGAGGUUGGUGAUUGGGGCGGACAUAUUGCGGGUAUUGAAUCAGAUGACCUAAAUUCGAACAAUAGGCAAGCCCCUGUGGAGAUUGAAGACUUUGCUGGUGAUUUGUUGCCACAAACUGCUACAAGCUCAAAUUGCCCUCCAUCUUCGGGUAGUAGUCGUCGAAAAUCCCCAGUUCGUCCAAUGCAGGUUAUUCGUAAUGAAAUUCCUCUAUAUCACUCGGAGAAUGGGGGUAAUCUUGGUCAUUCUUCUGGUGCGAAUCUUAUUCAACCUACUAGUACAGCUUCUGCUGGUUUAGUGGAUUUAUGUGCAGCUGCAGUUCUCGAUUCAUCAGGUCAGACCAGUGUUCCAGCCUCCCAAACUUCCACUCAGAUUCCCAUCUCGAAUGUUCAGGCUUCUUCUGUGCAACCAAUCAUCGCAAAUGCUGCUCAGUAUUCUCUUAUUAAUCCGGGAUUGGUUUCACUUCAGACAGACGGUCGAGUAUUUGUAGAUACUAGUGUUAGAGCCCCAAUAACUGGGUACACUAUCACUUCAACUCCUCCGAUGUCUAAGAUAUCAUUAAUGCAAGGGAGAAUAAAUUAUGGAACACCACAAAAUGCUUCUAAAAGUAGAUCAUCCACUUCAUUAGCAGCUUCCUCUAAAGGUGGGGGUUUGUCAAAUUCUUUGGCGAAUUCCAGUACUAGGCGUCGUCCAACAAUUCUUAAACGCAAGGAAGUACCCCCAACUUCAAGUACUAUUGCGCCACCGCCUCCACGAAAAGCUUCACCAGUUAACCGUCCACCGCCACCACCUUUCAUGCGUAAUGCAUUGAGAAAUAUGCAGACAUCGCCUCUUAUUUCCACUCUGCAGCGUUCUGUCCGACCAGUGACAUACACCAUAGUUUCACCCGGACAGGCUGGUGGUAUUUUUACUGUCACCCCGACGUCUAAUCUUCAGCAAUCCUCCACUCCAUCCGCUAGUUCUCAGACAGCUAGCUCACGUCUUUUUGGUACCAAACGCGCUUCUGCGGGUUCAAUUACCGAAGUGAGGCCUAUUCCACCUUCACAGUCUAAUGUUGCUGUGAUUUCCUGCCUACCUGCUCAAUCGAUUGUCAAUCCUUCCUAUAGAAACUGCGAAUAA